GCCUCGCCUGGCUGGGUCUGUCUGGGGCUCCGCCGCCGUCGUGGGAAGGAGCCGGGCCGGGGCUGUCGUCGGAUGACGGGCGGGCGCUUCGACUUCGACGAUGGGGGCACCUACUGCGGGGGCUGGGAGGAGGGCAAGGCCCACGGGCACGGGCUCUGCACGGGGCCCCGGGGCCAGGGCGAGUACGCGGGCUCCUGGGCGCAGGGCUUCGAGGUGGUGGGCACCUACACCUGGCCCUCGGGCAACGCCUACCAGGGCCACUGGGCCCAGGGCAAGCGCCACGGCCUGGGCGUCGAGAGCAAGGGCCGCUGGAGCUACCGCGGGGAGUGGGCCCACGGCCUCAAGGGCCGCUACGGCGUCCGCCAGAGCCUGGCCAGCCCCGCCCGCUACGAGGGCACCUGGAGCCACGGCCUGCAGGACGGCUACGGCGUCGAGACCUACGGCGACGGAGGUACAUAUCAAGGUCAAUGGACAGGAGGGAUGAGACAUGGUUAUGGCAUGCGGCAAAGUGUUCCCUAUGGCAUGGCGACUGUGAUCCGUUCACCCCUGCGGACAUCUCUAGCAUCACUUCGUAGUGAGCAGAGCAAUGGCACAGUUUUACAUGAUAUUACAUCAGAUAGUCCAGCUGGAACAAGAGGAGGGUUUGUGCUGAAUUUUCACAGUGAUCUUGAAGGUACUGGCAGCAAGAAAAAAGGAGGUUUGUUCAGAAGAGGAUCCCUUCUUGGUAGUAUAAAACUUAGAAAAUCUGAGUCAAAAUCGUCAAUUUCUAGCAAACGUAGCUCUGUCAGGAGUGAUGCUGCUAUGAGCAGGAUUAGUUCUAGUGAUGCCAACUCUACCAUUAGUUUUGGAGAUGGGGACUGUGAUUACUGUCCGGUAGAAGACCACGUUGAUGCCACCACGACAGAGACAUACAUGGGAGAGUGGAAGAAUGAUAAGCGUAGUGGUUUUGGUAUUAGUGAGCGCUCAAACGGUAUGAAGUAUGAAGGAGAGUGGCUGAACAAUAAGAGACAUGGAUAUGGAUGUACCAUGUUUCCAGAUGGUACCAAAGAAGAGGGAAAGUAUAAAAACAAUGUUUUGGUCCGUGGAAUUAGGAAGCAACUUAUACCAAUAAGGAACACAAAAACUAAGGAAAAGGUGGAGAGAGCACUUGAAGGUGCCCAGCGUGCAGCUGCCAUGGCAAGAACUAAGGUGGAAAUUGCAACCUCAAGAACUGCACAUGCAAGAGCUAAAGCCGACGCUGCAGAUCAGGCUGCUCAAUCUGCUCGUCAGGAGUGUGACAUCGCUAGAGCUGUCGCUAGAGAACUUUCCCCGGGUUUCUACCAACCAGGCCCUGAUUAUAUCAAACAACGAUUUCAAGAAGGUAUGGAUGUUAAAGAAAACCCUGAAGAAAAAGCUCAGGAAAAACCACCUACCCCAAAAGAAUCUCCUCAUUUUUAUCGAAAAGGCACUACACCGCCUGGAACCCCAGAAGAGAGCCCAAAGCACAGCCCACUCCCUUCUGCUGAGUCUUCACCUGCAAAACUAGGCAAAAAGCAAAACUCCAUUGCAGAGAUCAGACUUGUUCAAGAAAAAAAGAAUUUAACCAGUGAAAGCAUAAUACCAGUGGUCAACAAACCUCUUUAUUCAAAAGCACCCAUGAAGGAAGAGAUGACAGCAAAGCCACAGUCAAAGUUGUCACCCGGCAACAAUCCUAGCAACAAAGGGAAUGGGGAGUUACAUGGUCAUUACCACGGCUACUAUGUGAAGAUGAACCCGACAUUGUAUCCAUACGAGCUUGAGGAAGACGAGGACCAUACCAAUCCAGCAUCUUCAGCACUUGCACCGGUAGCAUCAGCUCAGAAGUCAAGCCCAGCCGGAGCUGGGAUUCAGUUAGAUGCCAAAGAAUUGUUAAAGAUCCCUGCAUCUGCUGCACCAAAGAAUCCCACCAAUAACAACUUCUAUUCACUGGAAAGAGAAGUUAAUUCGGGUCCUAAUGCAAUCAUGAUUGUACUGGUAAUGCUGUUGAAUAUUGGUUUAGCCAUUCUUUUUGUCCAUUUUCUAACUUGAUUGGAAUUAGGAAAGUGAAGUCAUGACAACUAGUGGCGUAAGCCCACAAUUCUCGGCAGUUGUGUCAUCAGCCUUUUAAAUGGCACGAGUCAUGUUCAGACGCAGGGAAGGAGGCAUGGAAUUAGGAUGGGACACAAGAGAGAUGAAUCUUGGAAAACUCAGCCAGAGGCUUUGGGGCCCUCUGAAGCUGAAGCGAACAGCCAUCUUGGGGGAAAAAAUAUGCACCCACACACAAGCUUACUGAAGCAGCCCAACAAGUAAAGUGUGUUGGUUACUCCAUCUGUUCCAGCAGAGAGUGUGACUAAACUGGAAAUGUACGGAGCUGCACUUUUGUUGAUGGAAGCUAACAGCUGCCUUACUAUUUUGCUGUUUGAUGUUUUUGGUGGGGGAGAUGGGAAAGUGACUGCCAGAGGAAUGUGGUCAGAGGAUUCUGUUGCUGUGGAAGCGAUUCCAGUAUUCACUCCUAUCUCAUUAGAAGAAAUAGUUAGCAGCAUCACUCACCAGUCUUAUUCCAUUACCUGCUGCUUUUAAAAUCUCCUUGCCAUUUUCUGGGAGAUUGUGUUUCAUUGGUUAUGCAUGAUUCUGAUCAUUUACUAUUUAUUUAAAACUCAUGUGCAGCCAUAAUAUAUUAAUGUAGACCUGGAAAACUUUAUUUGUUUUCAACCUGCAUUGAAGCAAAAUUCAGGCCUGUAGCAUAUGUGCGGUAUAAAUAAUUUCUUGGAAGGAUCAAUUUCUUCACACUUUUUUUUAACCUAAGCCAAGAAAGUUAUCUUCCUUUUAAGGGUUACAUGGGCAAUAUGCAAAAUGUUUAAGCCAUUGUUUAUCUCUUCCUUGUGAAAGUGGCAAGCAGAUUUAUUUUAAUAUCUGCGAGAUUCAUUGGCCUCUAUCAGCAUUGUGGAUGAGCAAGGUAGAAUAUUUUGGGAAAUGUUAAUGCACUGAGUGCUUAUCUUAUUAUUGCAAUUUUUUUCCUGGCAUUUAAAGUCUUGCCUGCUUGCACAAUGGAAGGUGUUAAUUAAAUGUGCAAUGAUUAAUGAUUUUUAAAGGUCAAGCUUCAUGUUGAAUACAUUCAGGUAAAGCAUUUAAGUCUGUUAACAAUGACUGAUUAUCAGUUUGAUGCCUUUAAUGUUGUUAAAAUGAGUCUGUAAUCUUACCUCAGCCAGUUAAAACGUAAGCCUCAAAACUUUCAUUUGGAUUCUUUGUCUUAACUAGAUUUACAGUCCUGUGUUCGAAUGAUGUGAUCCAUGUUUUCCCCCUUGCUACUGUAGUUUAUUGUAUUCCAUUUUACUCAAAAGCAUGCUUUUUCACUUAUAGGGAAAUUGUUCAUGGUGUGGUCAUUUUGAAAGUCAGCAUUUUAAUUAGAAAUAAAAAAUAAAGGGCUUGGGGUUUGUUUUUAUUUUUAUCUCUUAGAAAAGGACAUUUUUCAGGGGUUUAAUCCUGUUUGUAAAUUAUAUUAUUAUUAUUAUUAUUAUUAUUAUUAUUAUUAUUAUUAUUUUGCAUGAUUUAAUGGCAAGGGUUUCUCAUAACUAUGUUAGCUACUGUAAGAGGAAGUCAAGGAAAUGGAAAUGGAUAGGAAAUAUUUCUUGUAGCCUGGAGCAGCUCAGUGCAGGGCAGUAACAAGGUGGCAUUUUUUGCAGAAGUGGGUUGAGAAUCCUGUGUUUUGUCCAGUGUGGAAUUGAGAAGAAAGCAGAGGGGCAGCAAAUGAAAAUUUAACAACUUAUAUUAAGGAAGCAAGACAUUUUUUAUCUCCACAUUUAAAAAAUGAAAAUGAGAAUCAGGUUUUUAAACUAUAACGAACAACAAAGACCUAUACAAACACACUUUUGCAGUGUAGCCCAAUAAAGUUAUUGAUUAAACUAAUUUUGUAACUGACAUUUAAAUAUUAUUACAUGUGCAUUUAAAAAUCUAAAGAAUAUGGUUUUUGAAAAUGUUUAUAAACUUAAGCAUGUUAUAGUUCCCUUUAUAAUAUAAAUAUGUAUGAUUUAUAAGCUUUUUUAAAAACAAGGCUUCAAUCAAGAAUUGUUGGUAUUUUUCUAAAAUGUACACAGCUGUAUUUUACAUAAAAGGCUAUUUAUAGUUGGUUGUAUACUGUACACUACAUUUUGGACAGCUCAUAAGUCUGCCAAUGUAUUUAAUGAUAUGUCACUUUGUCUAUUUAAAAUUUCUUGCUGUGAAUGAAUUCUUUAUGUAAUGAGCUUCUUUAUUUAUAAUUCUGGAACCCAAAAUAGAUAAUGUACAGUUUUCAUAACUGUAUUUGCUCUAAUAAAAAUGAAUUGGUUA